CGCUCCGGGAGGCGGCGGCGGGGCGGCGGGAGCAGAGGACUCGGCGGAGCGUGGCCGGACCCCUAGCCGCUGCGGGCCGGCGAGGACGCGACAGUGUUGCGGUAGCUGCCUGGAGAGUUGGACACUUGAGUCCCUGAAGUGAUCUCUAGACCCCAGUCCCCAAUUUGCCACCAUUCCGUGCUGUGGGGACUCGAUGGCUCCAGAAGAGGACACUGGAGGGGAGCCCCUGGGGGGCAGUUUCUGGGAGGCUGGCAACUACAGGAGGACGGUGCAGCGGGUGGAGGACGGGCACCGGCUCUGCGGGGACCUGGUCAGCUGCUUCCAGGAGCGUGCCCGCAUUGAGAAGGCCUAUGCCCAGCAGCUGGCCGAGUGGGCCCGCAAGUGGAGGGGUACAGUGGAGAAGGGACCCCAGUAUGGCACGCUGGAGAAGGCCUGGCACGCCUUCUUCACGGCGGCCGAGCGGCUCAGCGAGCUGCACCUGGAGGUACGCGAGAAGCUGCACGGGCCCGACAGUGAGCGGGUGCGCGUAUGGCAGCGAGGCGCCUUCCACCGGCCGGUGCUGGGUGGCUUUCGGGAGAGCCGGGCGGCUGAGGAUGGCUUUCGAAAGGCCCAGAAGCCCUGGCUCAAAAGGCUGAAGGAGGUUGAGGCGUCCAAGAAGAGCUACCACGCAGCCCGGAAGGACGAGAAGACAGCACAGACCCGGGAGAGCCACGCCAAGGCGGACAGCGCCGUGUCACAGGAGCAGCUGCGCAAACUGCAGGAGCGUGUGGGGCGCUGCACCAAGGAAGCAGAAAAGACGAAAAGCCAGUAUGAGCAAACGCUGGCAGAGCUGCACCGCUAUACCCCACGCUACAUGGAGGACAUGGAGCAGGCCUUCGAGAGCUGCCAGGCUGCUGAGCGCCAGCGGCUUCUCUUCUUUAAGGACAUGCUGCUCACCUUACACCAGCACCUUGACCUCUCCAACAGUGACAAGUUCCAUGAACUCCAUCGAGACCUGCAUCAGCGCAUCGAGGCAGCCAGUGACGAGGAGGACCUGCGCUGGUGGCGCAGCACCCACGGGCCAGGCAUGGCCAUGAACUGGCCACAGUUUGAGGAGUGGUCCCUGGACCCACAGAGAACAAUCAGCAGGAAGGAGAAGGGUGGCCGGAGCCCCGAUGAGGUCACUCUGACCAGCAUCAUGCCCACAAGAGAUGGCACUGCACCCCCACUGCAGUCCCCGGGGUCCCCAGGGGGGCAGGAUGAGGAGUGGUCAGACGAGGAGGGCCCUCGGAAGGCUGCCACUGGGGUGCGGGUGCGGGCACUCUAUGACUACGCUGGCCAGGAGGCAGAUGAGCUGAGCUUCCGAGCAGGAGAGGAGCUGCUGAAGAUGAGCGAGGAGGAUGAGCAGGGCUGGUGCCAGGGCCAGUUACAGAGCGGCCGCAUCGGCUUGUACCCUGCCAACUACGUGGAGUGUGUGGGCGCCUGAGUGCCCGAGGCCCUUCUGCAGUCUCUCUACCCGGGUCCCAGCCCAGCUGCUCCCGAACUGCCUGGCUCUGAACCAUUGCACUGUUGCUGCUCCUCUGUCCCCUGAGGAGGCAGGAAGUCCUGCGACCAGGGAGGGGGGCAUCUGUGCCAACUGAGUCUAGGUCGGAGGUGACAGAAGGGCUCAGCGCUGCCCGACCUCCCCAGGAGAGCCUUGAGUUUGCCCAGGAGCUGAGGACUGUGCUCUGGUCUCCUGGGGUGGACUUUGGGAAAUGUAGUUGUGGACUAGCAGCACCCUCUCUUUGUGACUUGUGCUAGUGUGUAUUAAACUUGAAAAAAAUAAAAAAGAAAGCACUAUCAGGCA